AUCUCAUCUGGAAGGUAUCUGCGUCAGAGUUUGAUAGUGUUGUAUGUAGGUGAAUUUAUUCCGCCGAGUCGGCCACGGUUAGCGAGCACCUGAUGUUGGAUGGUUUAGUGUAGUAGUCAGCAGUUUCGGAAAACUAGCACAGACACCAAAAAAAUAUUUCAAAUUUCUUAAAAAGUUUAGCUGUACUCUUGAGUCCUUAGCGAUGAAACUGAAUCCAGUUUGGUCUAAGUAUGAUUAUAUCAGAGGUCAAAAAUCCAUCAAAAACAUCGCCAUUGAAAAGAUCUUGGAGGACAUUAGGACAGAACGGGACAUAAAGAGCACAAGGGCCCACUCAGCACUCCGAGGAAGCGUUUUUGGCGCCCCAUCACGUCGUUCUCUGAGCACGAACGACUACUACGUACAGAGGCCGCUUCACUCCGCGUAUGACACCCGUUCUGAAGAGUACGCCAUUGGAGACAGCGUGCUUCGCGCCACCUACCUGUCCGACGCUGUGCUGGACGACACCUACGACACGUCCCUAAAGUCACGGGGUCGAGACCAACGCUUGCUGUCAGACGCAACCAGCGCAAUCCCCCCGUCUGUGUUGGAGCCAGUGAAACCAAGUAGAGCGAGGAUAGGAUACAAACCUCUUUCAAGGCGUUCUCGAAAUUAUCCAAUAUUUGAGAAAGCAAUGGACAGAAGUCCAAUACCUUUAUCAACGUCUACGUUAACAGCCAGCCCACGGCCAUUUCCGUCUCUACCGGGCUCCCUUCUCAAAUACUCCAGCAGAUACCGAGGGGUGACAAGCCUGCCGACUGGUGUCCGUCGCUUCACGGGGGUACACGUUAGACCUCCCAUGUUUGAGUACGAACCAGACGAAAAACCAACUGCCAGUAUGCCACCUUCACCACGUCUUCUAGGAGGAUACGUGUCCCCCAGGAUUGUAAGCAGACGAUACAAAUCUGUGUUAAAGAGUGGUCAGAUCACUCCACCAUACCCAUACUCAACAGGAUCACAGAGGUCAACCCAACUCCUUGGUGGAUACGUGUCACCUAAGAUGGUUUCUGCCCAACACGAUAUCGGUACGUCGCCUCUUUCAUUGCUCGCUUACAAAGACAGUGGAAUGCAGUCUUCUAAUAAUUCAUUUUUACAAUUACAUGGAAAUAACAACCUCAGUGAAAGUUACUUCCCUUCUACAUUUUCACUUCCAUCCAAGUCCCAAUUAUUCUCUCCAUAUUCAAGUGGUAGGCAAUCACCUACCUUCUCCACUCGGGCACACUCAGAUUCUGACAUUGCUACCGAAAGCAACCACCACCCACACAGAAGACAUAAAGUACAUGUGUCCAAGAAGCAUGUUAGCAAUUAUUAUACACGUCUGGCCAAUAAACGAGCAGGAAAGCAGGGUAAGUCGAAAUACUGGCCAUAUUAUGACGUUGAAUCGAUUGCAUCAAGUGACGUGUCUGAUGUACUUAGUGAUACCGAAUCUUUGUCAGAUUAUGAAAAUACUUACUCGACUGGAGGGAAAACGUACGACAUAGACGAUGAAGACGUUGAUUACGUGCCCUUUAGACCUACGUGGCAACACUCACCUCAGGGAUACCUCGAACUAUCAUCACACGAAGACCAAUCCCCAAAAUUCGAAUCCAUGAGUGUGUCACCGUAUGUCCCUUCCACUCCCAGUGUUUCUAGUUAUGAUAACAACACACAUGACAUGCAUUUUAAUAAACUUUUGUCUGAUUCUACAGCACGUGCGCGCGGUGCACUGAGUAGUCUGCUGCGUUCGUACGAUGACGCCAGUCUGCUAAUGAGCGUGGAAGGAGACGCCAUGUCUCGGCACCACGACGGGAAGGUUGGGUUCCGAUAUUACCACCCUCCAGUCUCUAUCAAGGGGUCUGGUGUGGAGAGCAGACACCUGAGGUUGUCGUCAUUCAUUGAAGGACAAGAUGACUUCCUUGGAGAUUACGUCACAAAGAUGAGAGCAAUACAGAACGACGUGCGGAAAAACCUGCUGAGAGAUUCCAGCACGAGAGACUUCGACAUUAGUCCCUACUCGUAUGAGCAAAGAUUAAGAUUCAUGCCACUUAGAAUUGGCUCCACAAAACACGUUGUCCCUGUGACGACUUUCCGAAAACGCCUUGCAGGAGGUUUAAGACACCGACUCGAUGUGUUCCACCUGCCGCUUGUUGAGACAGUGUUGCCUGAAUCACCUCAGCAGCUGAUGUUGAGUUCAACUCGUGGUGGCAACGCGAGUCUUAGCCCUCUAAAGCUUUCUGUCCUUGAUAAAAUUAAGAUCAAGGCCGCUCUUGUUGCCAGCAAAGUGGAGGUUGAACCACAGCGCCGUCGUCGAAAGCCGCAUUCUCAAUAUGCCGCAAAUAAACUGCGGGAAACCAGACGACAAGGCGAUCAGGACAGCUAUGUGCCGACGAUUUCAACGACAACCAUGCACGCUUCAAGGCCACCACUUGGUAAAAAAGGCCUGACUGUGAGAGCGCCCAUGCCCUCAGACCGGAAGGCAAUUCGAGAUGUCGACGGAUUCACCAAACCAAGGAAUGUUCUGUCUUGGCAGUAUCGACUCGAGUCGAGGGUGAACCCAACGGAAGUUAUGUACAGGCCUGGCGUCUACAACCGGAUGCGCGAACAAGUUCGCGAUGCGCAUGAAAAGCUGGAUAGACACAGACAGCUAUUGGACCGGUAUAUGAACGAGACGGGAGAGGCCGGUUUUCACCGAUACCAGAGAGCGGCGGAAAUGGACGAAAGUUCCCAGAGCAGAGGACGCAGCUCGAGUGCGCCACCUGCACCAUCACAACCCGUCAUGUCCGAGCUACGUAGACGAUUGAGGAAAACUAUCUGCAAAAGUAAACGAGAUCCAAACUACUACAGAGAAUAAAUGACGUCACCAACAAGCGUCACGUGUCAGUGGCAAACCGAGUAGGAUAAAUAGAGGAGACGUCGUCGGACUCGGAAGACCUUCAUACACAAAAUUAGUGUUAGGAUCUGACGAGACAUUUCAAGUUUUUGUACAUUUUGUUUCGAAUAGACGGCUUUACUUCAGUUGGUUAUUUAAAAGAUAUAUACAUGUAUUACCUAUAUACAGCAAUCCGUAGGACUCACGACUUUCCUCGGUGCGUCCUCCGCAUAAUUAUUGUUUUAAAAUGUGCAAAUGAAAAAGAAAACAAAAUGAAAAAGAAAUGAACAGAUCCAAGAAUACAGAAGCAAUAUCUACUAAAUGUCUCUUGUAACGAAUUGGUAAAAGACGUUUCGCAAAGGAAUUUCGAAAUGGGAGGAUUAGCGUUCUGGUGAGAUGUCUUAAUGUGAAAUGUUAAGUUUUGGCACAUAUUUAAAAUUUUAUCUACAAGAUACCAAAGUUAAGUUAAGUGCAUUAGAGCUUGGUCGACACUCGAAAAUUGUUUUUCAAGACGCAUGGAAAGCAUUUCUUCUAUGUAGCGUGUUUGGGUGUACUGCAAAAUUAUUUGUUUUAGUGUUACUCUUGAAUCUAUGCUGCUUUAGUACUAAGCGUGCGAAGUUGGAACGGUGAAAUGAUAUAGCCGUGGUUUCCAUGUGUAGUUGUUCUGUGUCGCAGUUUCCUCACUUGUUUUUUUUCACUUCCCUUCAGGAUGUUUCUGUACAACAGCAACUGUUACAUAACAUUUCAGUUGCUAUGUUUUCUUUCUUUUUUUCUUUUUUUUUGAAGGAGAGUUGUAAAAAAAAGCAAUACCAUUUCUAUAUGGCACAAAGAGGCUUUUUAUUACAGUGGAUAGCCUAGGUAGUAGCGGGUAGAGGGGUACGUUAGACAGAGCAUAUCGCAAAGUAUUUCUGAAAUGUUCUAGAAAGGUCUGGGCAAUACGUCUCUAGAAGAGUAGACACAUAAGAAUGAACUGGCAGGAUGGUCGGUCUUCUGUCGUAUCCAUCACUUCCGGUGUGCCAUGUAUUGCGUCUGUGUGUGGCGUCAUGAAUACAUCAUUAUGCAAGCACAUGGAGAACAUUGCGGUGAAACUGCCAUGCUGUUGUAAAAUAUGUUAACAAAUGAAACUUUGUGUAACACUAAAUCAUUAUGUACAAAUUCGUACAUAAUCAUUCUUAUUAUAUAUUUACUGGCUUUAACGUGCGGUUUGUUGCACAGAGUUUGUUCCCUUUAGUCACAUUGUUAUUGCAGCUACCCAGUUCAAUAAAGUGUCAUUUGGCAUGAA